UUGUGAGCUCCUGUAAACAAUUCGUUGGAAAAAAGUGACAAAACCGCCAGUUGUUCUGUGUCAGCACAUUCCAUACCAAGAGAGAGGCUCUUGAAUACCAAAGAUAUACAGUUUUUAUCCGCAAAAGCAGCGUCAAGUGUUUCAAUAUGUCGUCCGAGGAGCUGGCGCCAAUAAACGAGCAGGACCUGAAGGACCUUAAGGAGCGAAUGAAACUGAUUGUCGAAGCGGAUCCCAAGCAAUACCACAAUGAUUUCUCCCUUCGGCGUUAUUUGCGCGCAUUCAAAACCACAGAUGACGCAUUCCAGGCCAUACUGAAGACGAACAAGUGGCGUGAGACAUAUGGCGUGGAGAAACUGGGCGAAAUGGACCGCAGCCAGCUGGAGAACAAGGCCCGUCUGCUGCGCCACCGCGACUGCAUCGGCCGUCCAGUCAUCUACAUUCCGGCCAAGAACCAUGGGUCCUCCACCCGUGACAUCGAUGAGCUGACCCGUUUCAUUGUGUACAACCUGGAGGAGGCGUGCAAGAAGUGCUUCGAGGAGGUCACCGACCGCCUGUGCAUCGUCUUCGAUCUGGCCGAGUUCAGCACAUCGUGCAUGGACUACCAGCUGGUGCAGAACCUCAUCUGGCUGCUGGGCAAGCACUUCCCGGAGCGCCUUGGCGUCUGUUUGAUCCUUAAUUCGCCGGGACUCUUCUCCACCGUUUGGCCGGCCAUUCGUGUGCUGCUCGACGACAACACCGCCAAGAAGGUGAAGUUUGUCAGCGAUGAUGUGGAUCUAUGCCAAUAUCUGAUACCCGACAUUCUCCCAACGGACAUGUAAGCCGGAUGGUCCCAUCCCAUCCGUUUGAUUCAAAUUUUAGUUGUAGACAUACAUAUCUCUAAAGAGAAAGACA